UUUUUUUUUUUUUUUGCUGCUGCUCUUUAAGGCACUCUUGCAUAGAGGAAACAGCAGAGGAGACACAAGGAAAUGCACUCUCCUUUAUAACAUGCUGCUGAUUCUCUGAACUAGGUGUCCUCUCAUUUAAGCCUCAAAAGAAGCUGUGUAUUAACUAGAUGAAGGAACUAACACUCAAACCUGUGAUACAGCUUGGCCAGAGUCACACUGCUGGGGAGCAGCAAGGUUACUCAUCAAGAUGUGUCUGACCCUCAAGUUUAAGUGCUCUGAUUUAAUAACUUUGCUCACACCCUGAUUCCAGUGUCUUAGUAGCUUUUGAUCUAUAAAAUGUCAUCUAAGGAUUUUUGAGCCUUAAUUCUUUGUCUUUAAAGUGGGAAUGAUAAUACCUGCCACAGAGUACUAGUUAUGAAGAUUAAAUAAGUGAAGGCAAUUAUUAUAUGUUCUUUAAAUUGUGUAUCACUGUACUGUGCAUGUAUUAAGUGUUGUUUUAUUAGCAAAUAUCUUUUUGAUGGUAGAUGCUUACCUGAGGUGGUUAUUUAAUUUAUAGGCUGGCUUGUUCACACUAUGUUAUGUAAUCAUUGUAUAUUAAUGAAUAUCACUAUUUUCCUUAGGGUGUGAUGUUUAGCUAAUUCAGCCAUGCUAGGCAAAAGAGGUCAGCAUUGUAGAAAUAAGCAAUGUCUUAUACUGAAAAAAAAAAAGACAACAACAACAAAAAACAACUUUCCGUGUUCAGUGACUUAAACAGAAACAUGGAGUUGUUCAAAUUCUACCAAGUUAUAUUCAGGAGGAGAAAAAUGGGAAUUCCUUCCAUAUGACCAUUCUUCAUUCAUUCAUUUAUUCAGCUUCUAUUUGUUGAGUUGCCUGCCUUACACUGCAAUAUGCAGGGCAGUUUGUGUGUGUGUAGGUGUUCAUUAGGUUUAUUUGCACUUUGCAGUAACCAUGUAAUAUUAUCAUUAUUCAGAAAUAAAGGUAGAAUCUACUCUAAUGAGCUCUGUGGUCGAGUGGAUAGUUCAGCUCUUUACCCUGUAAUAGUUUGUUAUCUAAUUGUUUAAUGUAUGUGCGAUUGCCUUCACAAUUAAAGCAUUAUUCUUUAGUCAUAUUUUCUCUCUUUUCUCAAUUUUCUCAGGAAGAAAAUUGACAUGUCUGUGAACCCUGUGCAUGUCCCCAAAUGGAGCUUAACCCAAAGUUGGGAAUCACUAAAUAAUUGUUCAUGAAAUGGUUGAAUAUAGCUCUUCAUUCAAGUGAUGUAGAUUCUGAAUAUUUACUUAUUCUUUAAUGCACUUAUUCAUUCAUUCGGCAAGUUUUUAUUGAACAUCUACCUUGUAGGUAAUACUAUGCCAAUGCAUUGGGGGUUUUACGUCAAAUAUUUCCCAGUUUCUUAUAACAAAUGUAGGUGUGUGUUGUCAAUUCUGCUUCACCUCAAAUAUAUCUGUCAAAGACUUUUUGGAAAAUUACAAAAGAACUGUAAACUUUAGAUUCUAGAAGAAAAUAAGAAUCGUGUGGGUUUCAUUUAAGUGGUCAACACUUCUAGACAGUUUGCUGGUAAGAAUUUUUUUCCCCAAAAGUGGCAGAAAAAAACAACUGGGUUCAUUGCCUACCCCCAGUGUCCUCAAUAGUGCUUUGUCUAAGCACCAGAGAGGGAUGGUGGCUUUCUGUGUAGUGUGGCUAACCAUCAUUCCCCAUCAUUUCAGCGAUAACAAGGCUGGGCAUAGGGGGCGGGGGUGGUACGAAGUAGGUAACCAAGUUACCUACUGCUGGUUAGGUAACUUGUCCAGUUAUACUGCUGUGAAAACUGUGUCUGUGAAACAAGCAGUAGACUAGUUCAGGGUCCUGUAAAAAUUGGCUGCUUGAGAUUAAGACUUCUUUAAAAUUAUUCUGGAACACAUGGAUUUAUGCAUAUAGCUUCAGUUGUUCUUAUACUUCUGUUCUAACUCCCCACGCAUCACACUAAAAAUUUAUCAUGGAUGAUAUUUCUGUCACAAAGAAAACUUCAAAGGCUGAGAUCGCAGAAAUGUCUCAGUUGACAAGCCACUGACUUGAGUUCUGUGAUUGAAAUGUACUCCAAGGUCAGCAAAGCAAAACCAAACAUCACUGGAUGAUAAUACGUUCAGUGUCUCACUGGCUAUAAUUCAUAAAUCACCUUUCAAAGCAGUAUAUCUUUAUUAAUCAUUGUAAAUUUGUGCUUUUGAAAUCUUAGACUCGUUUCCAUUAGGCAAUGAAGCCCAGAAGCUUAAUGUUCUAGUCUCAUUUUAAUUUUUUCAGUCUUAUGUGCUGAAUUGUCAGGGUUUAAAAAUCGAUUUCACCUCAUCAGAUUAAAAAUAUUUAUUUAUGCACAUGUUAACAAUAUAUUAAAAGAAAUGAGAGCUUCAAUUUUAAAAAUAGGAAUUGUAGCUCAUUAAGCCAUGACAAUUUGGUUUAUAUUUACAUAAUUAAUAGGAAGGCAUUUAUAUGUUUGCAAAAUAGGUAAGAAAAGGUAUUUAACGUAGAUGAAGCAGAAUGA